AUGGCAAGAAAGAAUGAGGAAGAAGGAGGAGGAUGUUUAAGGCGCACAUGGAGUUGGUUGGGAUUGUGCUGCUGUGUGCAAGGAAAACAGAAGCGGGGUCUUUUGGAGGACAAGAUUAAUGGCGGCCCCCAGAAGCUAAACUUGGAUGGACCAGGUGCGAUGGAAGAUGAGCAGACUGCAGUGGAAGAUAUGGGGAUAGUUAACAGUGCAUUCACCCUGUUCGAAGAAGAACCUUUGACCCGUUCUGCUAGCUCCGUGUCCCAGUGCUUAAGGUAUCAGCAAAAAAAGAAACUCCAGCCUCUAUCUUCGCUCCCAACUGUGCUACAACCUGAAUUGGCCAUAACUUUUAUCCGUGGAGAUGAUGAUGAUGAAGAAGAAGAGUUGUUGUUUGAUGAUGAGACACAAGCGCCUUCGAUAAACUUAAUUCCAGCAACACCCUCCGACGUGGUGGAGGAUGAGCAGUUUUUUGAAGUGGCUUUGGAAGACGUUGUAGCUGAGAUUUCGGACAAUGACGGAAAAGAAGAUUGUGAAGAAGAGAUAAAAGAUGCUGAACCCAAAGAGGGAGGUACAAUGGCACAGAAUGGAGAGAAUGCAGAUACAAUUGAAGAGUGUGUAGAAGAGGAUAAAGCUCAGCAGUUGGAUGAAGUGAAAGAGGUGGUGCUUGAGACCAAAGAGGAGAAGAAGAAGCCAAAGCCCAGGUUACUGAGGAGUGGAUAUUUAAUGACUCAGCUUCCUGUGUUCACACAAACAAUACUUGAGCGCCUCCGCUGGGACUCUCAGAAGUUCCCCUUUUGUUACGCGCCCUUUUUAGCCAUUGUGAGUGUAUUCCCAGAGCAUGGCUGGGCAGGCGGUUCCCAGGUUUUGGGUUCCUAUGACCUGAUCCAAACAGAUCUGAGCUGUUCUGAAAUGCUAAAGCCUGAAUUUUGCAAAUUUGGUCAAAGUUUCAAGAUGGACGUUUUCACUCAACCACGGAGGCCAAUCACUCGCUCUCGCAGCUUUGGGGAUAUGUUGUGCAAGAGCCCCAGUCUCCAAAUGUUUGCACAAAUUAUAGAGAAACCUCGUGAUCUCAAGUCCCCACGGCAACGACGAGUAACUGUGGGUGAAGCAGCGUCCUAUCUGCCUCUGAGCGCCCUCAAUGGAAACUACAGUGAGAAGAACAUGAAAAUAAAUGUAGCCAAAACUCUGCGGGAGAUGAACACGGAGGAAGUCUGCCAGUGGUUCACCAGUAUCGGCCUCCAAAAAUGCCUCCCUUUAAUCAGAGAGGUGCAGUUGUGUGGAGAGAACCUGGCUUCUAUCAACAUGAACAUCCUGGAGUCACUGCAGAUCACCACGAUGGAGGACAGAGAGCAUCUACUGUCGGCCAUCUUUAAUGAGCUCGACAAUCCAAGCAACAUCAGUCAGAAGAUCAACAGCGCAUUUGUUCCCGUAGGGUCCAACAACGGUCCCCUGCACUCCGCCUCUUUUCCCUCAAUGAGCAAAUCAACCUCAUCACCUCAUCUCAGCUGCCUGACCAGGAAUCGUAGAUCUCUAAAGCUAAAGAACAACACUCAAACUUACACGGUGCAAAGAAACUCCCAGUUCAUCGAGAUUGCCAUAAAUGUUUCACAGCAGAUAGUUCACCUGAGAACUCCAAAAGAAACCAGUGUGGGAAAGAUUGUGGACUCGUGUCUCAAGAUGGUGGGAAUGACCGAGGACAGGAGCCUGUUCAGUAUCAAACACACAGAAGGUUCAUCUGAGGAGCUCUCUCCAGAUCGACAGGUUGGCAGUCUCCCCGGAGCAGAUAACAGGCAAUUGGAGCUGCAUUUAUGUAAACUGGACAAACCAAGAGUCCCCCCCAGACAUCAUCCAGACACAAGCAGCAUAAACAGCUGUCAUCAAGUCCCCAAACCUCUCCAAGUGAACCAACCUGAGAAAGACGUGAGGAUCAAGGAGCUAAACCAGCAAGUCGACUCACUACAAAAUGUUAUUCUGCAGGUCCAGGAGCUGCACCAGGGUCUUGUGGUGUUCUGCUCGGAGCUGAAGACCAUGGAGGGGCCUGUGGAUGUGGAGAGGCUCGGGUCUGUGGAGCUCAGACAGAGACUAGAGCUGGUUACAGGGCGACUGCACGACAAACGGCUGACUCUGCAGACACUCAGAGACAACAUGAACACUACCAAUGGGCUCAAAAAGAAACAGCUGGAGGUCCGCCUUUUGGAAAAGAUUAAGCUCAACUGUGAAGUGUUCAAGGAGGAGAUUUCCAUAGUGCAUCUGAACAGACAGCUGGCUGUUCUCCAGGCAGCGCUACAGGAGAGCCUAAUAAAGGAAAAGAAGCCCAAAAAGCCGAUCCGCAGCCUGAGUCAGCUGGUGUCCCCACAGUGUCCCGCCAUGUUACUGGUGGUGCACGAGACCAGGGAGCCGGGGGGACACUACAACUUCAUGUAUCGCUACAGAGACGGCAGCGGCCUGGUGGUGGUGCAAGUCGGCAACACUCACCUCUGUGUGGACGACAGGUUAGUGGAGGUCAAUGGUUUCCCGGUGGUGAACUCUACAGAGGCCGAGCUCGCUGACCUGCUUUACCGCGAACACAGUGCUCAGAUCGUGGUCCUGCGACGCCCACUCUCCUCCGCCAAGUCCCAUCAGCCAACCCUGCUCCUCCCCGUUAACCUCUCUGACCCGGGCCAAACGGACUGUCCUGAGAUGGAUGUAGUCACCAUGGAGACACCCCAGCGAAGAAGGGUGAUCGCGGUGUGA